UGUGGUGGGUUGGGGACAGCUCAUUCUUCAAUUCGCCCAAUGCCUCGUUGUCCUGUCGUCGCGUUAACGCUCGUGUUGAUGUGCCUGACGAGCGUGGCAGCCGGUGAAGGCGCCACGAAAUACGACACGGGCGCGUUGUUUUACGUCGCGGGUGGGUUUUUCAUCCUGUCCGUCGCGGCGUGCUGGUUCCACCGUCGGUGCUGGCCUGCCCCCACGCCGUCCAACUGCGACACCGACUCGAGCUCGUGCGGGAGCAAUUUCGACCUCGACGACUCGCCGACCGACACGAUGCGGGCGACGGUCAUGACGCCUAUGGAAACGAAUCUAUCCUCCAUGGAGACACCGACGCUGCCUCCCCAAUCCGUGGUUUGAGCGGCGUUGAAAUGUACACAACUUCGCGGUCCUGCCGGUUGUGGCGUCAACUCCCGUGUGGAAUGCAUCCCCAUCUCCAUGGCUGACCCUUCCACUGGUGUCGCAUCCCAAGCAAACGCCAAGACGAGGGGGGUGCAAACCCUUCCAAGUCAGCUCCAACUGAUCUCGUCCUUGGUUCCAGCAAGAAAGCGAGAGCACCCAACUCUUUUCGCGUGAUCGCAUGGUUGCUAUCUCAAUACGAGUUCUUGGCCGCACUUGGCGCAGGGGGCCUAGAGACCGCAAUAACGCCAAUGGAAUGCCGCAUCAACUGCCUAUCUUUCUAGCGUGGAUGCAAGAUGCCGCGGGUGGCACCUCCACGGCGCUGACGACACCAAGCAGCCACCCGGGCACUCAACAAC